AUGGAUAAUUCACAUAAUCGUCGUCGUGGUCAUGGCUUCGUUUUGCUUCUUGUCCUGAUUUAUUCCUCUGUAUUUGGUUUCUCUUCAAAGAUCGAUAUUUCUCGUAACGCAAGAGGCAUCAAAAUCGUCGGAGACCAAAAACGUUUUCUCUCGGAUUCCAAUCAUUACCAUCGUAGCGAUUUUGUGAGAUCUCUCCAACAUGGCAAGGAACAUUCUGCGUGUACGAAUCAUAAAUCUGUUCGAGGUCCGAUAACACGUCUUUAUUGCCAGGACGGAUAUAUUAUCACCAAGAUCAAUUUUGCUGACUAUUUCAAUCCCACUGGUGCAUGUAAACACUUUAGACACGGUAGUUGUGGCGCACCAGCUACCUUGAGACUCGUCAAAAAGAAUUGUCUUGGGAAACCGAAGUGUGUAUUUUUAGUUACGGAUGAGAUGUUUGGUCCAAGCCACUGCAAGGGACCUCCUACACUCGCUGUUGACGCCACUUGUACAAAAUCCUAGGUUUCAUAUUCCUACU